AUGGAAUCCCCUCCCUCAUUUCGAUCACAAAUACACCAAAUAAAUCAUUCACCACUCAACGCCCUCUUCAUCGCCUUUUGCCACCAGAAAAAAAAAGGUCCCGAAUCUCGACCAUCUCUCCAUAUUCGUCCAUAUCUAGGUCCCCGAAUCUUGGCUGUGUCAAUCACUCAUGUUACCUUUUUGGGUGAACCAUAUACUCAAGAAUAGGAUAACACUUAGGUUGUUAACCUGUGUGUGUAUAUAUGGUAAUGGGUAUUGAAAUGGGUUUGUUGAUUUAACAUUUACUGAUGUUUUUUUUGGUUGGUCUGGUUUGGCUGUUUGAGGUUUCAACAAUUGAAGCUUCCAUGGGUAAGUCUUAAUGUGUUGCUGGUUCUAUUAACAAACACAAUCUGAUAUUUUUAGGCGAAAAUGGAUAUUCAAUUCUUUCUAUAUCAGAGUAAAAUAAUUGUUUUAGGAGGAUUUGGGGGGUGGGUUUAAUGUUGAUGCUUAUAAAAAGUUAUAUAAUAAAGACCUUGAUUCACUAUAGUCUCUAUUCUUUUGUCUUUUGUUAUUAGUUUUUAUUUUAUGUGUUAUAGCCCAAAUGACCAAAAUGAAGACCCACUUAGCUGAAUUAAGAAAUAUCAUGCACCGUAUAUUAUAUUUUUAUUUCUUUCCAUUGUUUUUUGGAUUUAGUAGAAUUUGUUAUGAAUAGGGGUAUUGUUAUGUUUAGUUGUUUACAUUGUCGUCUUACAAGCAAAAAGAUAUUUGUGUGAAAGUGUUUUGCCCGGAGGUGAGACCCGACUUACUUUCAUGUUAGAUAAGAAAUGGUUGAAAAAAGUUGUUUCUCUCUCCCUGUCUCUCACUUUUGUCCCUCUGUUUCCCUUUUUGUGUUAUUAUUUUUCAUGUCUGCUAAUUUUUUUAAAUCCUAAUUAUGGGAUGUUUUGAAGUUGGAUUAUCACUUUUUAAAGCCAUCACAUCCAGAAAUUUGAAGCUGAUACUGCAGGUAUAGAUAUCAUAGUGGAAAAUUCCAUUCAAGCUAAAACUAUCAAAUGUUUAAUCAUAAUUUUUAAACUUUUCGUGUGUGUAGGGGUUUGCAUUGGUAAAUAAUUGCAUCUCAUCAUAAGAUCAUGUGUGUAUGUGUAGAUGAAACGUGGCUGCUAUUGAAAUGAUGACUUUUGCUGCUAUAAAAGGCAUGAAUGCAGCUGAAACGUGGUUGAUUUUGUUAGCAACAAUACACCAACGUAGCUGCUAUAAAAGGUAUGAAUUUGAGUUGCCAAUAAUCAACAUUGUGGCCUCUUAUAUGGCUUGCUUUGGGCUGCAAUAUUUGCUCUAAAUGGGUUGUUAAAUGAACAACAAAAUAUGCAUUUUAUGAACCUUUUGUUGAUGAUUUUGCUCUAAAUGGGCUGCAUUAUUUGGUUCUUGGUUUAAUGCUUCUGGAGAGAAAUUGAAGGUUUGAUUUCCGAAAGAAAUUAUAAAUCAAGGACAUGUUUCUUAAAAGGAAAAUAUCCUCUCAAUAUGUUUAUUAUUGUUUGUAGGGAAUUGACAGAAGACGAACAAGAAAGGAGAAAAGAUUUUUAUAUUCAUUAUUGUCUUAGAGAUAAUCUAUAUUUUUUUGGUUUUCUAGGAUUUUGCAUGUGGUUAUUUCUUAUAUUGAGAGGACAUAAGGAGUAAAUAGUUAUGUGAGAGGAUUUAUAUGGAGGUAAACAUGUUUAUAUGUUUUUAAUAUGAUUUGUUUACGUAUGUAGUAUCAGUUGAUUAUGUUUGCAAUUUCUUCAAUUAUCC